AGAAGGGUAGGUUGUAUUUGGUAGAGAAGAAGGACCAGUCAGCAUAUAGGGGUACUGUGAGAGGAGAAACACACCACAGCAGUUUGUGUCUGUGUUUGUGUGUGUCCAGAUUCAUUCAUUUAUUUCCUCGAACCAUACCCGACACACCAACAUGAAUGAAAAUUAACCCCGCUUUCAAUGCCUUUUCCUUCGCCAUUUCCAUUUCCAUUACAUUACAUGGCAUAACACUCACCACUCUUUCUCUCCAUUCCCUAAACCUCUAAUACUACUAUAGGACACCAGAUUCAUACACCUUCAUCUUUCUUCCCGGAAUCCAUGAAAUCCUAUUAACCUCUUAAUAUUGGUACUUAGAUUAAACAAGAGAAACUGUUUCAAUGUCAACUCUGAGCAAUGCAACAAAUAUAUUUUGGCAAGAUUGUCAAUUAGGAAAGCCGGAAAGGCAGAAGCUACUUAACCAAAAGGGAUGCGUUGUAUGGAUCACUGGACUCAGUGGAUCAGGAAAAAGCACAUUGGCAUGUUCACUAAGCAGAGAACUUCACUCAAGAGGAAAAUUAUCUUAUAUACUUGAUGGAGAUAACCUUCGGCAUGGACUAAACAAGGAUCUUGGUUUUAAACCUGAAGACCGCACUGAAAAUAUUCGCAGAACUGGUGAAGUGGCAAAACUAUUUGCCGAUGCUGGUCUAAUAUGUGUUGCCAGUCUGAUAUCUCCAUAUCGAAGAGAUCGGGACACUUGUCGUGCCAUGUUGUCUGAUCCCAAUUUUAUCGAGGUCUACAUGAACAUGCCUCUAGCAUUGUGCGAGGCACGUGAUCCAAAAGGCCUCUAUAAGCUUGCCCGUGCUGGAAAGAUCAAAGGUUUUACCGGCAUUGAUGAUCCUUAUGAACCACCGUUAAAUUGCGAGAUAGAAAUAAAGGAGGAUGGUGGAAUUUGUCCCACACCAACUGUGAUGGCAGGACAAGUUGUUUCUUACUUGGAGGAGAAAGGAUUUCUUGAAUGUUAAGGAAUUCAUAUAUCUCUAUUGUUUGAUUUUGUAAUGUCUGCCAGUAUUCUCUAAUUAUAAUGUUUCUUCUAGUUGAACUUCAAAUCCUAGAAAGUUUGGGUAGGAGGAAGUAGUCGGAGAGGAUAAGUGGACUUGUAAAAUUUAUCAACACAAAAGUAAUUUUUAAUUAUAUAUAUAUAUAUAUCCUAAUGACACUUGGAAAGGGUGUUUUUUGCUU